UGGUGCUGAGUUGUAGUCUGGAAAGGGCCAUCGUCGCGGACGACCGUGUGUCGCGACCUUAAUAAGAAAUCGAAUGAAAUUUUGGAUUUAUUUUGGCCUCAUAAGGACACAGCGCUUUGAACGAAACAAAUUAGAAUAAAAAUAAUUCACUUGGGCGUUCUCGGUGGUGUACGUUUGGCAAUUAAAGGCGACUUACCGGUGUGACCAGGCCACUGACGUACAAAUAAAAUGAGGGCUUAAACGAGCAUCGCGGAAACAAUUAUUAAAAGCAUUACAAUGUCCCUAUAAACCGUUCUGCAACUAAAUAUUUAUGUACAGAUCAAUCGACAACGUCUUCAGAGAUUCAUUGAAGCUACGACAGAAAUUACUGAAGAGAAUAAAAACGUAUUUCAAAGAAAUCGAAUUCAUUAAAAAAGACGCGAUACGAUAUUACGAAGAUUAUAAUGAAACAAAAUAAUAGCGUAUUAUGAACAUAUUCAUAGGUAACCAGUAUCAUUUAAAAAAUUUAGUAAAACUAAAAUAAGGUUGGGUACGCGAGAUAUAUUGAGCACAAAAUGGCGGCCAAAGCUGAGACUAUAGGGCCGCGUAAUGGCCACGAAUUGGCGCCAUUAACGACGCGGGCUGACGGCUCUGAACGACCCCACGGAGUUACCAUCGUCCUCCAAGGUUCUAGAGGAUCAUUGCACCGCGACGGACCGGACGAUGACAGGGCUGCCUGGUCCGGGAAACUACAGUUCUUUUUGUCGAUUAUUGGAUACUCUGUGGGCUUGGGUAACAUUUGGCGGUUUCCGUAUCUGUGUCAACAAAAUGGCGGAGGUGCCUUUCUGAUUCCGUUCCUCAUCAUGUUGGUCCUGGAGGGUGUACCUCUGUUCCUGAUAGAGAUGGCCAUAGGGCAGAAGAUGCGUCUCGGAAGCCUCGGCGUUUGGAACACCAUCCAUCCCUGGCUGGGUGGUAUCGGCAUAUCCAGCUGCAUAGUGACCCUAUUCGUCGCUCUGUACUACAACGUGAUCAUAACCUGGGUUUUCUUCUAUCUAUUCAACAGCAUCCGGCUAACAGCAGAUCAGCUACCCUGGUCUAGCUGUCCCCAGGACAACGGGACAGCUGAGGCCGAAUGCAACAAGGCCUCAGCAACAGUUUACUUCUGGUACCGGGAGGCUCUGGACGCGGCGCCCAGCAUCGAGGACCCGGGGGUGCCGCGCUGGUGGAUCGUGCUCUACUUACUUCUCGCUUGGGUUAUCGUGUUCUGCAUAGUGAUGAAGGGAAUCCAGAGUAGCGGGAAGGUGGUGUACUUCACGUCUCUGUUUCCGUACGUGGUCCUGACCAUCUUCUUCAUCAGAGGCAUCACGUUGCCUGGCUCCUCGGACGGGAUCCUUCAUAUGUACAAGCCGAAGCUGGAAAAACUUCUGGAUCCAACCGUCUGGUUGGAUGCGGCCACUCAAGUGUUCUAUUCCUUCGGUCUGGCUUUCGGUUCGCUGAUCGCGUUCGGCUCGUACAACCCUCCCAACAACAACUGCGUGAGGGAUGUGCUCCUCGUGUCCGUCUGCAACGCCCUCACCGCCAUCUACGCCUCCGUGGUCAUCUUCAGCAUCCUCGGCUUCAAGGCGUACACCAUGGUCGAAACCUGCAUUACGAAGGAAAUUAAAGUGCUGGCUCUCAACCACAUCGGCGGGUUCACGCUCAACUCCACUCAAGAUUACUACCGCGAGGAGUAUCCGAAGCUGAACGAGACCCUCGUGGCUGCCUUCAACUUGACCGGCUGCACCAUGAGCCGACAACUAGAUGAGGCUGCCGAAGGUACAGGGCUGGCCUUCAUAGUGUUCACGCAGGCGAUUCUGAAGCUGACUCCAGCUCCGUUCUGGUCCAUAAUCUUCUUUCUGAUGCUGCUGUCCCUGGGUCUGGGCAGCCAGAUUGGUAUCAUGGAAGGGAUGCUGUGCACCAUUUUCGAUAUUGACUUCUUCAAACGACUCAGCAAGCCAGUUAUAACCGGAAUUGUCUGCUCGUUCUGUUUCCUCGUCGGUCUGAUCUUCACGACCGGAGCCGGGGAGUACUGGCUGAAGAUGUUUGAUUCGUUCGCCGGCACCAUAGGCCUGGUGGUCGUCGCUCUGCUGGAGAUGGUCUCCGUGAUCUACAUAUACGGACACGAAAGGUUCAGCAACGAUAUAUACGAGAUGACCGGCUACCGGCCCGGGCUGUACUGGCAGGUGACUUGGCGCUACGUGGGGCCCUUCAUAGUCACCUGCAUCCUGUUCUCGUCACUGGUCUUCAUGCUGAUCAACCCGCCGACGUACGGCGCUUGGGAUGCUAACGAGGGUCGCGUUGUAAAAACCCCGUAUCCAACAUGGGUGCUAUUCAUCGCAAUACUGAUGAUCCUGGCCGGUGUCCUGCCAAUACCUGCCGUGCUCCUGCUGAGAAGGUUCCAGUGCCUCGCCUUCGACGUGGACAUUCACCAGGGUUCCAUCCGACGUAUAGAAACCACAGUUUCGACUAAGGAGAUGAUGAGCGACCAAGAUGUUCUGUCGCCGGAGACCGCGCCCCCCGCCCCCGCGCAGCUCGUCGCGGAGGCCGCCAGCACUAAGUUCACUAUCGGCGAUUUUGACUGUGUGGACAGCGGCGAGGAGAGAACGUCCAGACGCCUGCCAACGAGCAUCGUGCGACGUACGAAGAAAUAAAUGCCGAUUCUGACAGUGACAGCUUCAAUUCAAGCAGCGAUGAUGAGAUAAUUAACCUUAACAAUGCCGGCCGUCUCGCCAUGAAGCCGAUCGGCCACAAACCGAUCACAUUCAAGAUGGAAGUCAUAGAUGAUUGACAAGAAAAAAGCACAGCCUAUUUAAUUAAAUAUUAGAUAGCGAAAAAAAUAUAUAGAAUAGACGGCGCUAGGUACUUGUUGGCAAUAUCGAUAUGGCCGUCCUGGGCAGAAAACAAUUUUUAUUUGCUAAGGAAAAAGAGAAUCUGUCUUUUUAAUAAGUUUGUUUGUUGAACACGUAAUGUACAGCAAAGUGGUCGUUAACAUCUGCUUUCCGCGAGGUCGUUAGAUCCUUAUCAUUUGUAUGUUGCUUUCAACUGUGCUACAUCACGGGCGGUAUAAAAAACUAUAGUUACAUUUAAUUCUACGACCGCGACCUGACGUAGAACGAUUUGCCUACACCGCUUAAAUAUACACAAGCUUAAGGACAUUUUUACUGGUGGUAGGACCUCUUGUGAGUCCGCAUUCAUUUCAUUUAAUUUCACUCCAUAUUAUCAUUUUUCAUAAAAAUAAGAAUAUAUUAAAAUAAGACAUGACUUAAAGGUCUUAGUUACCUGGUCUAAAAAUCCCUAAAAAAAAACGAGUCAAUAAGCUUCGCGUAUUCAUGUUUAGUCGAUAUUGCCCAAGUAACUGUGCAUGUUUAUUCUCGCACUGUCGGAGAUAAAAAAUACAAAAAAGUACCUACUCUAAUGUGCCAUACACCUUAUUAAAUAGGUACACACUGUUGAAACAUUAACACUAAUCUAAAAUUAUGGCUUUAAAAAUAAACAAUAAAUUCACUAUGAAUAUUGAUUAGGUAUAUCAAAAAAAUAACAAGCUCCUUCGUUGAUUAUUUAUAAUAAAACAGAUUAGUUGCAAUUUUAUUUAUAAUACACAUUUUAUUAUUAAAAACAUAUUGGUAAAAUAGACUAUAAAAUUAGGUUAGGAAUUUUAAAUAAUGUUAUUUAGUCAAAAUUGAUAGUGAAUUUUAGAAUCUAUAAAAUGUUUGACAGAUCAAUUGUUAAAAUAGCGUCGUGUUGUAUAGGUUGUCAUUAAAUAUGAGCAUUUAUAACUUAAUUUUACUUAAUUUUCAAGGAGAAACAACGGAACCAUACUAAUUAUUUAAAAAAACGAUAGGUGUUAACUUUAGUAGAAACUUGAAAGCAUUUGCGAUGAAUAGCUUUAAAAUAUAUCACCCUUAGAGAAUCUGUGUUAUUUAAAUCAUUAGACUAUAUUGUCUCGUGUUGAAAAGGUCAAUAUUGUUGCUUGAUGUUCUUUUAAAAUGUUUCUAAAAACUUGCUUCAAAUUCAAAACUCGUAUGUCAUAAUAAAAAAAAAUCAAUAGGAGCGGCAGUAAUAAGCAGGUAAUUCAAAUUUUUAAGUUCUCUACCUUUUCUCCAUGGAGAGUAGAGGUAAGGAGAACCGUAUUUGUGUGUGAAAAAGUGUCCGUUAAAAUCUGCUAAAUAAGGGAGACGCUUCAGUAGCAACCGGGUAAAUUUAAAAAAAGGCGCUGAAAGUUAUUAGAUUAAGAUAGAGAAAUAAAAAAGGACGAAAGAACUGUAAGCACUACAAAAUCACAAAAAGUAUUUUAUUUAAAGCUGAUAAGAAAAUGCAAUCGAUGUCUCCACUUUUUACCACAGCGAUAAUUUUAGGUUAUAUUGACGAAAUUAGUUUAGACUACGUAAACAUGUGAGGUCACUAACUACUCUAGUCAUUAAAUAUAUUAAAUUUCCUAACUCAGCAUACUUCAAUCAGUUGUACAACUGCUCAAUUCAUAUCAUAAUACCUUGUGCCUAUGCUAGCGCCAUCCUGGAGGAUUAUUGAACUGUUAUUUAAUACUGAAAGUGGGACACUUUUCCAAACUUCUCCUAUGUGAGACGGUUCUCCUUACCUUUACCCUCCAUACUUUUCUCUGCGUCACAGAUAAUAUGACAUUUAGUAUGCCAAUGCCCUUUAAUAAAAUUUUAUGAAGAAUCAAGAGCUAUUCUCGGUACGUACUUUGUGCAGCUCUAUCCACAGUAUUGACCUUGAUAAAAUAUAUUAACAUGAACCGUCACCACCGACUCAUUUUAGUUCAGUCAGUUAAGGUAAUACAUAGGUGUACCUACAUUUUUGGCAUGCGAUCUAAUUUAAGAUUAAAAACUACCAUUCAAUGCAUUUUCUAUUGCCUAUUGAAGUAAACAAAAAAAAGAUUAUUUGAACGAUGAUCUGAAACCUGGUACACAAAAAAUAAUUUUAAUUAACAGAUAAUUAAUAAUAAGAUUUUACAUUCAUCGAUCUAUAUAUAUAAAAAUGAAUUUUGGUCUUGAAUUAUUUGUGGAAGUCCAGCGAAGGUUUAAAAGGUUUACAUAAAUAUGAAAAUGCUUGGAAUUAAAUAAAAAUAACAAUUUUGUUUUUCCUUUGAUGUGUCCCCCGUUGAAUGGAUUCCUUUUGUUUGUUUUAAUUUUAUUUUAUACAAAAGUUUAGGUAUUUUAAAUAUCGAUUGAGGCACUACGAAGUCUGCCGGGUCAGCUAGUUAAACAAUAAAAAUGCAGAAAAAACUAGUCACAGAUUUGUAGUAUAGGAUAGUUUGUUUGUUGAAGUGUAGAACGCACACGUCAUUAAAUUCAAGCGCUUAAAAAAGGAUAAUGUUAAACACAAAACAAAAUGGAGGCGGGAAAUAAAACGGUUUUGACAGGAGUUGGCAUAUUUACCACAGACGUUAUAUAAACUAUACAAAGAAGGAUAGGUACUGCAACUAUUCAUACUAAAAUAUAUUUACUGUUACGUUUGACAAUAGUUGUUACAUAUGCUUAACGUUUCUCCUAACUUUUAGAAUAAUUUUGCGGCGAUAACGAUCAGCAAUUAUAAGCUAAUCGACUGUGUAACGCCCUUAUUUAAUUGAUUAUUGAAAUGAGAGUGCUCAAUGAAGAGCUGAACUAUCACUUACGUAGUUAGUAACUGGAUUACAUCCUACCUAGUAAUUGUAGACAUUAAAAUUAAUAGAUUAGAUACAUUUUCAAAUGCAAAAUAAAAUAUUGCUACGAAAUAUA